AACCCUGAGUGGUGACAGCCCAGCUCUGGGUAGAUGACAAACUUUCUCUCCUCUGGCAGAGGGGUGGACGUUCCGGCUCAUCCAGGCGUCCUUCCUCCAGGCAUCUCACUGGGUCCCCAAGGCAGGCACGUCCAGGGCUUCUCAGGAUGAGCUGGGCCAGGGGGAAGGCAGUGGGCCCCUUUCAUUUGGUUCAUGAAUCACCACCUUCUUGGCCAGUUCAGAGUUCUGAGGGAGAAGGAGCUGGACGUGUUUUCAAGUUGACUUUACAAGGUGCUUGUUGGGGGUGAUACUCUGGUGAAUGAGAUUCCCCGUCAUUUGGAGCCAGCAUCCAGGGCUGCCCGGGUGAUGGGCUCUGUGUAGAGUCCUUUGCAGUCUUGCUUAUGUCCAUUCUGGCAUGUGUGUGUGUGUGUGUGUGUGUGUACGUGUAAGGAGGAGGAGAAAGAACUGGGGGCGGGGGCCCGUUCAGCCAGAUCGCCCCUAUCCAAGCCCUUCCAGCAGCCCCAAGCGUCAUCACAGGAGCAGAAUCACCUCCUUGGCAGAGAUACUAGGAGCGGUAGGGAAUCACCUCCCGUUCCUUGCAGCUCCUUAGAUGAGCAAAAGAUUUGGGGGAAGUUUCCUGAGCUGCUCAAUGAGACCAUUCAUACUGGAGCCUGGGGGAGGUACAGACUUUUACAGAAAAGGGGUUGGAAUUGACAUUUUGGGUGGAGGCUCCUGGCACUCUCAUCCCCAGCUCUGAGGGUGUGGGUACCCCCCACCCAAUCCAGGCCCCUUGAGGCUCUGCUGAGCCCAGCACAUAGCUCAUGAGUUUGGCCAGAUUAUCUUUCCUUCUAAUGAAAAACAUACUCCAAAGAGGCCACCUGGUCUCCAAGGAUCAUUUUGGAGCCACCCCUGUGGUCACAGCCCCCUAGAUGGCAUCAUGCUUCCUCCCUAGGGUUCCAGCCUGGGGCUGGGGUCAUAUCGAUGGACUAGUUGGUCAGUGAGGCAGGCAGUGGAGGUGCUUCUGGCCAUGACCUGACAGCUAGAUGUAUUUCCCUGGCCCUGUGGUCAUUCUUGGCGUUUGCCUCUAGGGAAUAGCAUUGCUGUGUGGUUCCUGGACAGCACUUGAGGCAUGAGGUGGGAGUCUGAAGACCUCCUGCCCUUGCUUGGCAUUCUGACCUGGGGCCAGGCUAGGAGCUGCUUCUCUAGGCUGCUGGGACCCAUGGAUUCCUCCAGGGUGUCAGAGGCCAGUACUUGAUGUUCUGGGGAAACCCCAUCUUUGGGUCAGGAGUUUGAACUUCAAGUCUGCCCUCGAUUUGCUAUGUGACUUUGGGCAAAUCACUAGACCUCUCUGGGCCCAUUACUGCUUCUGUAAAAUGAAGAAAUUUCACGUAUCCUCAGAAGUCCCAGUUCAGACACUCUUGUGGCCCUGAGUGAUUGUCACAGAUGCAAUUUUCAGAAUCCCAGGAGGCAAUGUAAUUUAGUGUUUAAGAGAUCUAGGACUCAGAUCCAACUGAGUUUGACCGGUCACUUCACCCUCCAAACCUCGGUCCCUCCAUUGUAAAAUGAGGAGUUCAUAGUUCCUACUUCAGAAGGGUGUUGGGAGGACAAACUGAGAUGGUGCAUGGAAAGUGCUUAGUGUAUCUAGUGAGACUGGAGCUACUCGGAUGCAGCAGCAAGGCUGUCUGUUUUGGGGUCUUGUGCGCGGGCAUCUGGGUGCUGUUAUCCCUGGGGAGGCUGGCCCUGUCCUAUCUGAGCACCAGGUGAUCCUUGACUGAGGAGCAGGGUCCUUGUUCUCUCCAAUCACCUGACACCUGCAGUCCCCGCCCCCUCACUGCUUCCUCAUAAAAGCGCUUCUGGUCCAGCAGCUCCUAGUGGGGAGCCCCAGGUGGUCUGAGAGGACUGGAUGCAUCCAGCUGUUGCAUUGCCAGAACAACAGGAGAUAGAGGUGAUGGCCCUGAGCCCGAAUGCUUAACCGGAUGAAAGCCCGCUAGCUUCUGUUUCUGCCAGGUGGGCACACAGAGCGUGGUCCCCAGCUGGGGAAGAGGCCAGACACGGCCCUCAGUGAAAUAAUCCAGCCCCUACAGGCCUGAGCAACUGAGAAAGGGCAAGAAGCGAACUCCAGCUGCUGGUGAAGCCUCACAAAAUCCUCCUCCGAUUGCUAUUUUCAAAGUUCUUUGGGAACGCUGAGGCAAAGAACAAGAUGUAGGAAAAUGGGACCAACUCCUGCGUGUCCCAAGCCUCAGAACCCCUUUCAUGGCCCAAAGAAGCUCACCUUGGCUCCGGGAGGGCUGGUGAACUCUGUCCUCUAUUCUCUUGGCUUCAGCCAGGCAUUGGACUUGCCCUCCCGCUCUGAUCUUGGCAGUCACCUUCGCAGACGGAUUAAGACUGAAGACCCCCAGGGACUGCAUCCCUAAGGGAAGCUUGAGAAGCAGAGCACUGCCUCCAUUCCCUCCCUGGAUCACACCCCCCAGCCCCCAGCGGAGCCGAAACGAUCCAGUCCGGAAUGAUCCCGCUAUGGCCAAGCUCUGGUUCAAAUUCCAGCGGUACUUCCGCAGGAAACCUGUACGUUUCUUUACCUUCCUGGUGCUCUACCUGACAGCUGGGAGCCUCGUCUUCCUUCACUCUGGUUUUGUGGGUCAGCCUGCUGUCUCCCAGAACCAGGCCAACCCCGCUGCGGGGGCCCCAGCGGAGGGCGCUGAGUUGCCCUUUUUGGGUGACUUAAAUCUGGGCAGAGCCUUCCGGGAUACAGGUGAAACCUCGAGCAUCGCCCGCAGGUAUGGACCCUGGUUCAAGGGCAAGGACGGGAAUGAGAGAGCCAAGCUGGUGGACUACGGGGGAGCCUGGAGCCGGGCCCUCAAGGGGAGGGUCAUUCGGGAGAAGGAGGAGGAGCGAGGUGAGAGGGCUAAGUACAUCGGCUGCUACCUGGAUGACACCCAGAGCCGGGCCCUUCGAGGCGUGUCCUUUUUCGACUACAAAAAGAUGACCAUCUUCCGUUGCCAGGACAACUGUGCAGAACGGGGUUACCUGUAUGCUGGGCUGGAGUUCGGCGCCGAGUGCUACUGUGGCCACAAGAUCCAGGCGACAAACGUGAGCGAGGCGGAGUGUGACAUGGACUGCAAGGGCGAGCGGGGCAGCGUGUGCGGUGGCGCCAACCGCCUCUCCGUCUACCGGCUGCAGCUGGCCCAGGAGUCAGCCCGCAGGUAUGGAAGUGCAGUCUUCCGAGGCUGCUUCCGCAGGCCCGACAACCUCUCCCUGGCCUUGCCCGUGACGGCUGCCAUGCCCAACAUGUCUGUGGACAAGUGUGUGGACCUUUGCACAGAGAAGGAGUACCCACUGGCAGCCCUUGCAGGCACCGCCUGCCACUGUGGCUUCCCCACUACGCGAUUUCCCCUCCACGAGAGAGAGGACGAACAGCUCUGUGCCCAGAAGUGCAGCGCGGAGGAGUUUGAGAGCUGCGGGACACCCAGUUACUUCAUUGUGUAUCAGACGCAGGUCCAAGACAACCGCUGCAUGGACAGAAGGUUCCUUCCAGCCAAGUCCAAGCAGCUCAUCGCUCUGGCCAGCUUCCCAGGUGCCGGCAACACGUGGGCUCGCCACCUCAUCGAGCUGGCCACCGGCUUCUACACCGGCAGCUACUACUUCGACGGUUCUCUCUACAACAAAGGGUUUAAAGGUGAGCGGGACCACUGGCGCAGCGGGAGGACCAUCUGCAUCAAGACGCACGAGAGUGGCCAGAAGGAGAUCGAGGCCUUCGACGCAGCCAUCCUGCUCAUCCGUAACCCCUACAAGGCCCUCAUGGCAGAGUUCAACCGCAAGUACGGCGGACACAUCGGCUUUGCUGCCCAUGCCCAUUGGAAGGGCAAAGAGUGGCCAGAGUUCGUAAGGAACUACGCCCCGUGGUGGGCCACGCACACACUGGACUGGCUCAAGUUCGGCAAGAAGGUGCUGGUGGUGCACUUUGAGGACCUGAAGCAGGACCUCUUCGUCCAGCUGGGCCGGAUGGUCGGCCUGCUGGGUGUGGCUGUCAGGGAGGACCGACUGCUGUGUGUGGAGAGCCAGAAGGACGGCAACUUCAAGCGCUCGGGGCUCCGGAAGCUGGAGUACGACCCCUACACGGUGGACAUGCAGAAGACCAUCUCUGCCUACAUCAAGACGGUGGAUGCGGCCCUUAAAGGGAGGAACCUCACGGGCGUUCCCGAUGACUACUACCCCAGAUGAUGGGUCGGAGCGGGGCGGGGAGCUGGCAGUCCAGACCAAGCAGGCCCUGGGGACUCCAGACCCCUGGGGGCCCACACCCAUCAGUCCCCUCUUCGAUUUGGGGACAAUCCCCAUGGCUGCUGUUGCCUUUCGCUGAGUUUCCUGCAUGACAAAGGAGGCUCAAGCGAAGAGAUUGUGCAGGCACGCCCCACCUACUCACACCGCGCCCCCAGAGAUGGAGGGGGCAACUGGGUUAGGGAGCUCUAGCCACAUGGACCCUUCUCUGUCUCCCGUGUCCCUGUGCCCACCACUCUGGGCUCCACUUGUGGGAAGGAGGGCUCAUGGGUGUCCCAGAGACAAGGGUGCCCCACUGCAGGUUUUGAGAACCCUGGUGCAAGAGCUAAAGAGAAUGAC